UCCUCCUGGAGGCAGAGAGGAAAGACGGGAAUUUGCUCCUGGAAACAUGUCGACUAGUUAACUUGGCGAUUGUCUAACUGUGUCUGUCUAAAGGGAUAACUGCAUUAUUACUGACAUUUGCAUUAUCAUAAAGCUGCAUGUUCCAAUGGGGUUCCUCGCCAAAACAUACCGAAUACAAUAAUCCUCCUCACGGAGGAAUGCCAGCUCCUGAGCAGGCCCCAGCGAUGGAGGAGGAUCUGCAGCAGAAGGUUCCAGACAGCUCCGGCUCCAGAAUGGAGGCGGACAGCAACGCCACCAACAUCCUGGCCUCUGUCAAAGAGCAGGAGCUCCAGUUUGAACGGUUGACGAGAGAGCUGGAGGUGGAGCGGCAGAUUGUGGCCAGCCAGCUGGAACGCUGCCGGCUUGGGUCAGAGUCGCCUGGUGCUGCCAGUGGCAGCUCAUCUGAGAAGUCCUACAACUGGAGAUCUGCAGAUGCGUCCACUCCGGGCGAGAGCAAAUCUCGGAUGACGGACAGCUCGCGGUCCCCUACCUACCGCAUGAGAAGCGAACAGGAUCAAGUAACACUCUAUUCCCCUGGACACACCCCGCUCCAUGAAAGGUCCUCGGGAAACUCACACGGCUCCUCUCAGAUUAACUCCUUUACGGACAAUGGAUACCCGGAUGCCGGAAGCUUCUACAGCAGCCAGAGCCUGGUGAAGACAGAGCUCCGACUGCAGCAUUCGUACCCUGGCAUCGGCGGAACCACCUCCCUCUUAAGGAGCUCCCGCGCCGAAGGACAGACCCUAGUCAAGGUUCCGGCGAGCUCCGCAGCGUCGGGCCGGGUAGUGCGGAGGGUGAGCUCGGUGCCUUCGCGCACACAGUCUCCCGGCUACAGCGGCGGCUCGGCCUCUCCCUCGCGCGGCUCCCUGCGUGCAUACGGCUCGCCGGUCGUCACCGAGCCCAAACCGCUCUCCAGCGUCUUCUCCGCCACCACACUGCCCUCCUCCCAGCGCCCCGGCUCUCCGUACCACGGGCAGAGGUCGGGCUCCCCCACCCCGCUCCGUCGAGUGGGGUCCUCCGGCUCACGCUCCGGGAGCGGCCCGUACCAGGCCUCUGGGCGCGCGGGGUCCCCGCUCCCCUCGGGCGAGGGCCCCCAGCAGGCCCCGUCCUCCCCGGUGCGUUCGGGCAUGACGGCCGUGCCCCAGCACUACGGCUCCACCCUGCCGCGGUCCCUGCACCUGGACAUGGACCCCUACAGCCCACAGGCCUACGACGUCUACGAGAGGAUGGUGCAGCCGUGCCCCGACAGCCUCGCAGAUCUUCGACACUCUUACGCCAGCCAGCACAGCCAGCUGGGACAGGACGGGCGGAUGGCCAUGUCUCCUGACCACCACCAACUUUACAAGGAGGAGACCUUCCAGGGUCCCCUGUACCACAGCCCCAACCACAGGGCCUCGGACCUGGACCACGGAGCCCCGGGCACCCUCUACAGGGCCAUCUCAGGUGUAGGAUCCUCCAGCCUGCGGGGGGCGAUGACAUACCAAAGAAGCAACUACGCCCUGAACUCCACGGCCACGUACGCCGACCCCUACCGUCUGACCCAGUACGAGCCCACCGAGUCCAAUUACGCCCGACAGGCUGUGUCAGCGGACGACGCCGCCACGCGUUCACCUUCCAUAGACAGCAUCCAGAAGGAUCCUAGAGAAUUUGCCUGGCGAGACCCCGACUUGCCCGAAGUCAUUCACAUGCUGCAGCAUCAGUUUCCCUCCGUGCAGGCCAACGCCGCCGCAUACCUCCAGCACCUGUGCUUCGGUGAUAAUGGAGUCAAAGCCGAGGUCUGCCGGCUGGGUGGGAUUAAGCACCUGGUUGAUCUUCUGGACCACAAAGCUCUGGAGGUGCAGCGAAACGCUUGCGGGGCCCUGAGGAACCUGGUCUAUGGGAAAGCCACGGACGACAACAAGGUCGCCGUGAGGAAUGCGGGUGGGGUCCCGGCCCUCCUCCGGCUGCUGAGGAAGUCUGCCGACACGGAAGUGAGGGAGCUGGUCACAGGGGUGCUGUGGAACCUCUCCUCCUACGACGCCGUGAAGAUGACAAUCAUUCGGGACGCCUUAAGCACGCUGACCAACACUGUGAUCAUCCCUCAUUCUGGCUGGAGCAGCUCGUCCUUCGAAGACGAGCACAAGCUGAAAUUCCACUCCUCUCUCGUCCUGCGCAACACCAGUGGCUGCUUGAGGAACUUGAGUUCGGCAGGUGAGGAAGCCAGGAAGCAGAUGCGUUGUUGCGAGGGGCUGGUAGACUCCCUGCUCUAUAUCAUCAAGGCCUGCGUCAACACCUCCGACUUCGACAGCAAGAUUGUGGAGAACUGCGUGUGCACGCUGAGGAACCUCUCCUACCGCCUGGAGCUGGAGAUCACUCAGUCCCGCCUGCUGGGCACCCAGGAGCUGGACGGCCUGCUGGCGAGCGAGUCUCCCAGCAAGGAGGCCGACUACAGCUGCUGGGGCAAGAAGAAGAAGAAGAAGAAAAGGACAUCCCAGGAGGACCAGUGGGACGGCGUGGGCCCCAUCCCUGGGUUCUCCAAGUCGCCGAAGGGGGCAGAGAUGCUGUGGCACCCGGCCGUGGUGAAGCCGUACCUGACCCUGCUGGCCGAAAGCUCCAACCCAGCCACGUUGGAGGGCUCGGCGGGCUCCCUGCAGAACCUCUCGGCGGGGAACUGGAAGUUUGCGGCGUAUAUCCGGGCUGCGGUCCGUAAGGAGAAGGGCCUGCCCAUCCUGGUGGAGCUUCUCCGGAUGGACAACGACCGUGUGGUCUGUUCCGUCGCCACGGCGCUGAGGAACAUGGCCCUGGAUGUCAGGAACAAGGAGCUCAUAGGAAAGUAUGCCAUGCGGGACCUGGUGAACAGGCUCCCAGGAGGAAACAACACCUUGCUCUCUGACGAGACGGUGGCCGCCAUCUGCUGCACCCUGCAUGAGGUCACCAGCAAGAACAUGGAGAACGCCAAAGCGCUGGCGGACACGGGCGGCAUCGACAAGCUUGUCAACAUCUCCAAGGGAAGAGGAGAGAGGUACUCAAUGAAGGUGGUUAAAGCGGCCGCACAGGUACUGAACACCCUGUGGCAGUACAGAGACCUGCGUGCCAUCUAUAAAAAGGACGGCUGGAACCAGAACCACUUUAUCACGCCUGUGUCCACACUGGAGCGGGACCGGUAUAAGUCUCAACCCACCCUGCCCACCAGCACCUUACAGAUGUCACCUGUCAACCAGUCAGCUGGUAGCGCAACCUCCUCUCCUGCAAUGCUGGGAAUAAAGGAACAUCACUCAGAUUAUCAAAGAACGCAGUCCUCUAUGCAAUUUUAUAACUACCAAGGAGACAACAAUGCAAAUAAGACUCAGUUCACAGGGUCAGGAAAGCCAUCCCAGUAUUUCAUAGGGACCUAUUCUUCCCCGUCAAGAGAGGAGUCCCGGAGAGGGCAGUUGUACUACGCUGACGAGACGGGCAGAAGGAACUACGACACCUACAGAAUGUACUUGCAGUCUCCGCAAGGGUACGAGGACUCCUACUACCAGGACACAGUCCAACUCCCCUCCUCCGCUGACUACAGCACCCAGGAGCAUGAGCUCAAAUCCAACACCAACUACGUGGACUUCUACUCCACUACACGGAGGCCUUCGUACCGAGCAGAGCAGUACCCAGGGUCCCCCGACUCCUGGGUAUAGAAUUUUAGAAACAACAGACUCUUCCAUGAACUUUUACGUGUACGUGUGUCUAAGUGAAUUUGAGACCGGGGCAGUGGCAAGAUAACAUGAGAAAAAAGGAGUAUGAUUUUUUGGCAUUUUUUUUCGUUUUUGUUUAAAAGAAGAUUGAGUCAUGCUGUGUGUUUUUAUUUGGAGACACUGGGGGUUCUGUUUUGAGGAUGCACAUAUCCCCUUGCUAGUACGUGAGAUUUGUGUCACGGAUUCUCUUGCACGUAGGAGAAAGGGCUACAGAAAUUGCAUUGCUUAAUGUUGCCAUUCAUACGAGAUUGAUUGAUUCUGUCGACUUACUGCGGAUGGAUUGUGAUGCCAAACACCACGCAUCUCGUGUGGUUGUCAGUUAUGCCCAUAGCUCCAUACCUCCUUCACAGGUCAGGUAUCCCAGCUCUCCUGGAAGGUCAAGGGUCUCUUGGAGUUUGUCACCCGCUCCCCUGGUACCUGCGAAUUGGCAAUCAGCACUACAGGCAGAAAUGUAGUUUAGAAUUUCAUAUUAUCCUGUCGCGAAUUGACAAACGGUCACAAAUUAACAAACCGAAAAGUGCGGGGAAUUUUCCCCAGGUCACGUAAUUUGCAGGGGAACCUCCCCCCGGUCCCUGACCAACGUGCUUUCCUUCCCUCAGUGACACCUGGAAGGCAGCACAUUUUUCAAUGAGAGAACUACAGUAAUAGCGGCAGAUUACCAAGCAGGCUAGCUCAGUAGAACAGCUACAUAUAUAUUUGCUAAAAAUACAUGAAGGAAGAAGCACGUACACAUAAUUUCUGGUUGGCUAUGCUGAACCCACUGAUCGGCCUGCAGCAGCUGCCUUCCACGCCUAAGUGAGGGAAGGAAAGUACCUUGGGCCCGGUCUCCCAGAAAUAAUUUUUGCAGCUGUGGGAUAUCUUGAGAGGUGACCACAACCAGAAUGGAUCACAACCGCAGUUUGCACACUCUGCAAGGUGUGCUGCAUCAAGACCCUUUCAAAACUUAAUCAAUCCGCUCUCAGCAGCAGUCAUGCUAAUGAACAAAAUGCUUAAUAUUCCUUUCAGAUGACUGGACAGUUUAGGGGAUAUGCUAAGAUCACAGCCCUCAUUUUAAGAAUACCUGCAUGUGUUUGUUAUGAGAACAAAGUUCUAAACCGAAUUAAAAAGCACAUAAAGAUGUUUACAAGAGUGUACCAUUUACAUAGAAAUAACAAUUAUUAUGAAUAUUUUUAUGAUUAUCAUUGUUAUUUAUGUUAUUUAUUAUCACUAUGUAACAUUACUGGUUAAAUUCAGCAUAUAUUUAAUAAAUCUAAUUCAAAUACCUUUUUCUGUAGUUAUUUAGUUGAAAUACUGGAAUAUUAAUAUUGUACCACACUAAGGGCAAUAGACAGCUUGAGCAUGAGACUAGUGAGAAAGAGUCAGAAAGGCAUGUGCUACAUUAACGCAGGAUAGGAAAUAUUCUCUGAUUCCUUCAUUUAAAGGAAAUGUGGAAAGCUUGUAAGGCCAGUCACCCUCAGACCUGGGUUGAAAAAGCAUUUUUGGAUUCAAAUAGUUUUCUGCAUUUCACUAAGCUUACCUGGUAUAGUGGAACAAAUGAAUUUAUUUGAAGUGUAAGCCCUGCCAAUCUGCUCCUCCUUGCAGGCUAAACUGCACCAGGCAAGAUCAAUGGAGCACAUAAAGGUAUUUGAAUCCAAAACCAAUGUUACUUGAACCCAGCUCUGGGCACCCUUUCUCCACACCUUUAGAGGCUGCAGCAGUUUUCGGCCUUGUGGCUAUGUGUCUGCCGACCACCUUUGCCUCCUCAAAAUAGAGCCCUUAACUUGGCAAGAUGGCAGCAUUUUACUUUUUAACCCAUAACUGUGAUAUAGCACAAUGAGGGUAUCUGUCAUGUGAUGAAAAAAACUGCAGGAGAAUCAGAUUAUGUAUGUUUGCCAAAACAGAAGAUUUCAAAUCUGUGAAAAGGUUCUACAGAUGUCUACUUGUACAGAAGAUUCAGUCUGUGUCCCCUUCUUGUUUUAUUGCUGUAAUUAAUAUUGUGUGUGCCAUGGAGUCUUAUACAUACCUUUCAUUUUAUUGUAAAUACAGAGGAUAAUAUCACCUGGUCUACUCCCAUCAGCACUGGUCAUGAGUUGUGCCAUGUUAAAACAGUAUAGAUAUAUAAAUGUAUAGAGAAAUUAAGAUGGAAAAAAUUGCUAUCAUUACAUAAGCAUUGAAAAGUAACAACAUAACACUUACUGUAUGUUUUUUUUUAAGAAAUGGUUUGAUUGCAGACAUUUUGUGACAUAUCAGAGAUAUUUUCUUUAUUUUUCAAUUUUCUAUCCUGCGUCACUCAUGGUAUGGUCCACUGCCAUUUUCUAUGCACAUGAACAGAAAUAAAUGUGAACAUUUGGUCCGUGAA